GGGCGGCGCCGCGGGGCGGGGGCCGAUGGGGCCUGGCGGACUGGGGGCGGCGGCGCCCAGCUCGCCGAGAGGCGGGUGUGUGGGGUUGUGAGGAGGCGAGGCGGGCACUGUGGCCCGCCUGGCAUGGGCCAACCCCGGCCCCGCGGGGCCGAGCCGGAGGCGCGGGCGGCGCGCGGGCCAGGCCUGCAGGGCGGGCGGCCCGGGGGCUGAGGUAGAAGUGGGCGCGGAGGAAGGGGCCGAGCCAAGGCGGUGGGUGGAGCGGCGGAGGGGGCGGAGGCUGGGCCGCGGCGGGUGAGAGGAGCGGCGCGCCUGUCCCGAGCUCGGCGGCCCCUGAAGAGGCUGAGGCGGCAGCGUGCACUGACGAGCGCCCAGAGGCGGCGGACGAGGCGUCGGGGGCCCCCAUGGGCGGGUGUGUGGGCGCCCAGCACGACUCCUCGGGCAGCCUCAACGAGAACUCGGAGGGCACCGGAGUUGCUCUAGGUCGUAACCAGCCUUUGAAAAAGGAGAAACCAAAAUGGAAAAGCGAUUAUCCAAUGACAGAUGGACAACUGCGCAGCAAGAGGGAUGAAUUUUGGGACACUGCACCAGCUUUUGAAGGCCGUAAAGAGAUUUGGGAUGCCUUGAAGGCUGCCGCACAUGCUUUCGAGAGCAAUGAUCAUGAACUGGCACAAGCAAUCAUUGAUGGUGCAAACAUAACCUUGCCACACGGUGCACUUACAGAGUGCUACGAUGAACUGGGAAAUAGAUACCAGCUUCCAGUCUAUUGCUUGGCACCACCAAUCAACAUGAUAGAGGAAAAGAGUGACAUAGAGACUCUGGACAUUCCCGAGCCACCACCCAACUCUGGAUAUGAAUCUCAGCUCCGUUUGCGCCUUUCCACUGGCAAAGACCUCAAACUUGUGGUACGCAGCACAGACACGGUAUUCCACAUGAAGAGACGGUUGCAGGCAGCAGAAGGGGUGGAACCCAGCAGUCAGCGGUGGUUCUUCUCGGGAAGACCUCUCACCGACAAAAUGAAGCUGGAGGAGCUGAAGAUCCCAAAGGACUAUGUUGUGCAGGUUAUAGUGAGCCAGCCUCUGCAGAAUCCAACCCCGGUGGAGAACUGAACUGGCCCUGUCUGCUGGUUCCCACAUCGCUCUCCUCCUUUUUAUUGUUGUCAUUUCCUACUCUGUGGCGUGAAAUUUAUUUUCACUGCUCUAAAUUCCCUAUGAAUGGAUUUAGUUCUGAGGAAUUACCAGUGAAAAAUUCCAUCUGUGAUGGAGACCAACAAAAAUAAUAAAACACAAAGAGCCAGCCUUUGAGACUCAUGUAAUUAUAAUUUCUAAAUUGAGGCAGUUAAGAAAUAGAUAACCAUGUAUUUUAGAAUACUCAUCAAAUACAGAAUAGCUGUAUUUAAAUGAUUUGGACUGUAAAUGAAACAUUGUACCCAUGCAAAACAGCACCAAGCACCUUUUGAAUACAGUGGGUUUUUUAAAAAAUAUAUAUCAAAUUAUAUAAUUUCCAGAAACAGUAACCCUUACAAAACUUCUUUUUUAAAAAAAAAUGGAAUCUGGAAAGAGCAAGAUGUGAGGUUUGCUUCUAUUUUGGUUUUUAUUCUAGCUUAUUUAGUCCUAAGGAGUAAAGACUGGCAAAUUGUGUUUCAGUGCCCCUUCCCCAUUGUUACACGUGAGACUCCUUAUUUACAGUCACACAAAAUUUUGGUGCCUUCCACAUGUUUGUGGCAGGCGGCCUUCUGGAACACUAGGCAAUAAUGUAGUCAGUGCAGUCAGAUUUCUGAUUUUCAACUGAUAGGCAGUUGAAAACGCUCUUGUUCUCUUGCUGCAUAAAUGUUUUGAAGUCUAUAGAGAAGCAGUUUUCAUAUUCAGGCUUAGAAGGUCAGUACUAUAUAUAUAUAUAUAAUAUGCCUUUAUCGAUGUAUCUACUCUGCUUGGACCUUUUUGUAGCUAACUCUGACCCAGAUGAAUAGCUCCUGGGCCAGAAAACUAGGAAUCUAGGACAGCUGUUUCCACCACAAGAUAACAAAAUGAUCUCUCCUCCACUGUGCAGGAGUGGGAUACGGAAAACCCAUUCUUUCUGUGCCUGUGAGAACUGUGCCUAUUUUCAGUUUUCUAGAGAAAAUGUCAACUCAGAAUUUACAAAUGUGAGAGGUUUACUGGUGUCACUUACUCCUAGUCACAGUGGAUGAAGGUUUUCCUCCCUCAUCGUUCAUAGCAAAGAGACAGAUGAAGAAUCACCUGCAAAUUAGAUUAGGGGAUUAAAAAUCCAGCAAGAUAACCUGAUUCUUCUGGAGCAGCGGUGCCAGGAAGGGACUGUCAGGUCCCCUUAAAGGUUGGUUCCUUAAGUGAGAAGGGGACUAGCAUAACCUCACCGCACCCCUGAGAAUGCAGGAGAUUGAAAAGCAGAGGCAAUAAGGCACUAUUCUCAGUCAGGAAAUAUCAAACUGCCACAACUAUUUGGAUGUGAAGCAUUGUUAUUAAUUUUAGUGGCAAAAUGAAACCGAAUUAGUUUAAAUUAAUAUUUCAAAUGGUAUUAAAUUUCCUAUGGCCUGCAUAAAUAUAUCUGUAACUGUGACUUAUGUUUCUGAGAGCUUUAACUACUUCCCUAAUUUUAUUCAGUCAUUUUAAGGAUUAUAGCUAGGUCUAGUUUAGGUUUGCUGAGGGUUGAAUCGAAAUUCAAGAGAGCAGCAUUAAUUCCAAAGGAGAAUUUUUAUAUUUAGAGGUGGAGAUAGGAAGAUACUUUGAUAUGUUAGCCCUGUCAUCAAAAAAGGUUUUGCACAUUUGUGUCCCAUAUCAAGUAGUAGCAUCUCUCAAAAUUCAUCAACUGGAAAAAAGUGUUUAAACUUAUUUUUUCUUAAAGAAAUUUGGUGAUGUCAUCAAUAAUAUAUGGUUCAUAAAAGGUCUUGUUUGUUCAUUGAGGAUUUCACCUCUCUUUAAGAGUUCACUUCAUUUUAAAGGAACAUAUAUACCUUUAACAAUUCUCUGGACAUGUUUAACCUAGGUGAGAAACCAUGGUGCUGUUUAACUGUCAAUAGACUGAUACAAGAUUGGACCAAUCAAUACUUGAUUGUAUAAUUUCAGUAUGUAGGGUUUUUGUGUUUUUUUAAAAAAAAAGUUUGAUUUUUCUCUUU